AUGCUCGCACGAGGAAACCUUCUGGCCAAGAGCGCCCGCAGCGUGGCCCCCGUCACCGCCCGCCGCGGCUACAAGACUUACCAGUCCAAGUUCGGCCCCAAGUACUCCACCGCGCCUCACUUCCACGGAAUCAGCCUUAGCAGCGCCGCCAAGAUCGGCACCACUGCUGCCGGCUUCGGCGCCGCCGCCGGUGUCUUCGCCAUCUUCUUCUUCGCCGAGGUCCCCCGCGUGCGCGAGGACAUCAUGAAGAAGGUCCCCAUCCUGGGCUCGUUCUUCGACGUCAAGAUCGCCCCCGAGGACAACCCUUUCUAA